CCAUCAAACUCCCACUUCGGUGUUCCUUCGUGGAAAACCCUUCAAGCAAAGAAUCAAGGGAAAGGCAACCCAUCACUCGAGGCGCUUCUAUCCAGCUGUCUUUGACUCGAUCCAAACAACGAUACACACAGAACCAAGACUCUCCACAGGCAUCGUCAAGUCUUUAAAAUAUUCGCAAAGACGUCACUCGAAAGCGGCAUCACCAUAAACAAAGAUGUGCAGGUGCAUUCGUGUGAUCCAUUUUUGCCCGCUGUGCAUGGCGCUGCUCAGGAAGCGGCUCGCUUUCAACUACAUCUGCGACGAACCACCGUGCGGCAAGAUCAUCAUCGAGGACCAGAUCGCUGGCACCGACGAGUACAUGUGCGACGACUGCGAGUUGCACUACUGGCUCAAGAUGGGCAAGGGCAAGAGGGGCGCCAGGAUCCGGAGGGUUUCGACGUAA